CAAUGCUGUGCAGUCACAGUGCAGACGGAAAGGGCUGAACGAAAAUUACCUUCUUUCUCGGCUGUGAAAGAAUGAUUUUACCGAUCAGAUUUUUAUAAAUGGGGCACAUAAGCGAACCAGUUUUUUCGUGAAUAAUCGAGAAAGAUAUUUCCAGUUUUUAAAUUUUGAAAAUCGACAAAGCAAUCGAUAUAUCGAGGAAAGCGAGAGCUAAGUCGUCUCGCAUUAUGACAACAGCCUCUCAGCGCCAAUGCAAAGUGAUUCCAGAAGACAAGAUAUGCCUACGACUAAUACUUGUGACUGGCAAAACCCAUGAGUUUCUGUUUUCUCCAAGCGAUACUGCGUACUUUGUAGCACAACAUGUUUUUGAAAACUGGCCAGCAGACUGGAAAGAAGAAACAGUUAGUUCUCAUAAUAUUCUUAAAUUAAUAUAUCAGGGAAGAUUUUUACAUGGAAAUGUCUCAUUAGGAGCAUUACAUUUACCACUUGGUAAAAGAACAGUUAUGCAUUUAGUGGCAAGGGAAAAUUUACCAGAACCUGCAGCACAAGGCCCAAGGAAACGUGAGAAAUCAGGUGAACGAAGCUGUUGCUGUACAUUACUUUAAUAGAUAUUUGUAUUAAUGUUAAUAUUGGUCUAUACAUAAGGAAGGUCUUUCAUUUGUCUGUGUUAUCCAUUUCAAAUCAUUGUUUUAUCUCCAAACCAAAAGAGACACAAGACUGUGUGACAAAGGCAGUUGUGAAUUCUUGCUGAAAGUGUGUCCAUGCCCUGAUACAGUUAGUUUGAUUAGCAAGAAAGUUCGGGAGAUUGUAGAAUAUAUGGAAUAUGUCUAACUAAUUGAGUCUAACACAAGAAGCUACAUGUAUCAGCAAUAUUGAGGACUCUUUAAGACUCCAGUGUAUGUGGGGUUAGCUGCAUUUCUGAGAUCAGAAGACAAAAGCAGAAAUCAGAAUAACAAAACAAGCUACUCCAGGAUUGGAGGCUGCCUUGUAUACACUGGAGUUUUAAAAUUCGUCAAUAUAUAAGUUUAUCAUCAUUUGACCCAAUUAACUGAAACUCUAGACAUGUUUUUCUAGCUUCUACCUACCAAACAACGUUUGAUUGAUAGAUAUUUUUAUUGGUACCAACAUAUUUGAUUCAUAGAAGCUGAAAACGCAGAAAUAUUGACUUAUAAACAUUGAAUGUUGUCUGUUGUCAUCAUAAAGACAUCAUAAUGUUAAUUGUAUUGUACACUGAAUUAUUACUGAACCUUUAGUUACUAAUUAAGUAAACAGUAGAGUACAAUACUAAAUGUGUGAAAUAGUUGUCACUAUUUAGUAGUAAAUAGUACUAAUUAAACAAAAGAAAACAAUAAAAUUAGCAUAAGAUAACACUAUUUAAUGAUAUUUAUGUUGCACACAUUUAGUGUUUGUACUCUACUACUUCUGUCUUCUUACCUAGCCCAGUUAUCAACACUAAGAGUCUACGAUAAUGAUCAUUCUUAUUGCAUGUCAAAAUCGUUCAUGGAUUUGUGAGAUGAUGGACAAUAAUAAUAUUGGCAUAAGUCCCUUUCUAGCUACAAUGCUUAUUAUUUAAGGCUAACUUAUGCAGGAACUAGUCGUUUUAUACUUUCCAAUAGCCCAUAAUGGGGGUAACCAAUCAAAAACUGUGAAAAUGAAACAUUGUCAAUUGAAUAUACCCUUUUAUCUGCUAGCUUUUGUCUGUGAAAUACUGUGAUUAUCAGAGUUCAGUGUAAGUUAAUUUUGCACCUUCAGAAUAUCAAAGGUUUGGUGUUACAGAAAAUGUCUUACGAAGAAUUGUUAAAAUUUCUUCAAGAUUCUAUCUCUUAUAUGUAUGCUGUUUUAUUUUAUACUUGACUAUCAAACAAGGUAGUUUAAACAUUUUCUGAUCAGCCUUCAGCACUUUUUCCCCAGUUACCCCAAAAUCUGCAAAGUAUUAUGAGUAUGAGAAAGGAACCAUGGAGAAUUAGAGAAUUUAUUUGUAGGUAGGAUGGCUGGUGAAAUGCCAACUGCUACAUGCCACAAAUCCUCUAUUCAUUGUAUUUGUUUUUCCCUUUCUUGCACCUGUCUAAGCCAUAUUACAGUAGCCUUCCCUCUAAGAUAAUGACAAAAUCUUACAAAUUUAAGUUAUUCAUUUGCAAAGAGCUGUAGAAUACAAUAAUCAAUACAAUAAUAUGAAUAGAAUAGUCCCCUUCACAGUUUCCUCCACCAACUUGAAAGGUAACCAGGUCUGUGCAUUGAAGCAAGAAUUAGCUGCAGUGAACUUGCAAUGAUAAAGACCUUUUUUAUCGCAUUGGACAAUUAUUUACAUAUCUAUCAUUGCAAGGUCACUGCCAUUCUUGUUUCAAUGCACAAGCACUGUAACAGUUACCUUUCAAAAUGGUACAGGGAUCUGUGAAAGGGACUAUUACAUAAUAAUACAUUUUAUUUUUGUUAAGUAAAUAGAACUAGUGCUGUAAUAAUUGAACAUUAAGUAUACAUUUCUGAAAGAUGUUUGGAAAAGGAAAUGAUUAAUUUUAAGCAACUUGUGUAUUACACAUAAUUUUAUUAUAGUGCCACCCAAACAAAAUUAGCUCAAAUUAGCCAAUCAUGAUUAAGUAUUUUUGAAAAAAGUAUCUUCAUAAAUUUACACAAUCAUUUUCCCCUUUAAAAAAAGCCUGUUUGAUCAGGAGUGAACAAGAUUGGUCGCCAUCCUGUUAUUCAGUGUAUUCAAUGAUUUAGAAUUUGUUUGAGUGGCCUUGGUUAAUGUAGUCGCACUGUAAUUACUAAAAUGUAAAUAAAUGUUUAUAUUAUUACUGUAUGUAAGAAUAAACCUUACCAAACCACAAUAUUUUUACUUCUAGGUUAUCCUAUGAAUAAAUAAGUACAAGGCCCAAUUGUGUAGUUCCACAAAUUAUCCAUACCCACCCCACAGAGGAAUUUGGAAUUUCUGAAGAGUAGGGGGGUCAGAAAAAAAAAUUACAGAGUUUGUAUGAAGAAAAUUGGAAUUUCCGGGGGGUAGGGGGUGUCUUAAGAAAAUUCCUCCAAGAGGGGGGUAUGGAAAAUGUUUGGAAUUACACAUUGUACAAAGGGUGAAUAGCACUAUCUGAUGGAUAAAUCUUAUUCCCUGGAUAAAUGUAUUGGAUAACAGCUUCAACUUGUCCACUGGAUAAGGAUUUAUCCAUCAGAUAGCUCUACCCACCCUUGUCAUCAACGUCAUGACCAAUUUCUCAGUAUUUUGCACUACUGAAUACAACAAUUUUUUUGCAUUCUCAUGUUUGUCAAAUUAAGAGAGUGUAGACCUACAUAAUUCACUUUAAAUUUACACCAUACUGUUAAUAAAAGAGAAUGUUUGCAACAUCAA